GUACUGAGCAGCAUGCAAGAUCUUCCUGUACAGAAUUUUUCAUUCAUAGCUUUCAAGUUCAAUGGUUUCCAUGAGUUGGGGGAAUGGAGGCCUUUUCUGUUUAUCCCCUAUUUCCUUAUGUUUUUAUUAUCUACUUCAUCAAACUCCAUUCUCAUAUAUUUAAUUAUAUCUCAGAGAGCUCUGCACUCUCCUAUGUUUGUACUAAUCGGUCUGAUGGCUGUGGUGGAUCUGUGCUUGCCAGUAUUUUUUGUCCCAAAUAUGCUACUUAGCUUUUUAUUUAACUGGAAUGGGAUUUCUCUUGUGGGAUGUUUAAUACAAAUGUUCUGUAUUCAUUGUGUUGGUUCAUUUCAAUCUACAUUACUGGUGUGGAUGGCUCUGGAUCGGUUCUUUGCUAUAUGCAGGCCACUUUAUUAUCAUGAAUAUAUGCAAAUGUCCAACUUUUUCAAAUUUGUUAUUGGCCCAGUCAUCAGAAAUAUAAUCUUAAUUACCACCAUGGUCUCUUUGGCUGGAAAAUUGCAAUUUUGUAUGAAAAAUGAAAUAGAUCACUGCUUUUGUGAACACAUGGCAUUGGUUCAGCUGGCAUGUGGAGAUAUUUCUGUUAACAACUUAGUAGGACUGACAGCUGCUUUUCUAAUAUCAACUGCUGAUGUUGCUUUCUUUACUGUAUCUUAUUUAAUAAUACUUGCAUCUGUGUUAAAAUCUGGGAAGUCUCACUUAAAGGCUAUUAACACUUGUGUUACACAUACAAUUGUCAUGGGAUUUGCUAUAACCUUCGCUUUGAUUGCUUUUAUGUCUUACAGAAUAAGAAAUAAUUUUUCUUCCAGCAUUCGUGUUUUUCUGAGUACAAUGUACUUACUCUUUCCAAGCUGUUUCAACCCAAUUAUUUAUGGCGUAAGAACAAAAGAAAUUAGAGAACAGUUUCUGAAAUUCAUGAACCAAAUCAAGGUUUGCCCAUAA